UUCGACGUCAUUUCCGCGACGGUUUGGAUGUUGACUUGGAGAAACUCAGAGCUGGUCCAUUUUUAGAAUGCAUCUUCGCAUGUGACAUGCUAGCUACCUAGUAUCCUUCACUGAAAUACUGGCCUCCUCUCUCAAGUCCUCCCACUCGCUCACAGCCCUUCAGGGCUCUGCGGGUGCCAACACCGCAUUAUGAAGUUUGGCAAGCAGAUUCAGAAACGGCAGCUCGAGGUCCCAGAGUAUGCCGCCAGCUUCGUGAACUACAAAGCUCUUAAGAAGCUCAUCAAGAAGCUCUCUGCGACGCCCACGCUCCUGGCCCAGAAUGAUGUUCACCGCCCGUCAGGCAUCGUCGAUUCUCAAGCGGCCUUACAAGCCAACAAGGCCACUUUCUUCUUCCAACUAGAACGAGAGCUGGAGAAAGUCAAUGCCUUUUAUUUACAAAAAGAAGCCGAGCUCAAAAUCCGACUCAAGACGCUCUUAGACAAGAAGAAGGUCCUCCAGUCGCGGAGUCAGAACACAUCCAGGAGAUCCGCAAAGUUCACGACUUUAGAGGAGGGCUUCCAGCAAUUCGGUAACGAUCUCAACAAACUGCAGCAAUUUGUCGAAAUCAACGGGACGGCCUUUUCCAAAAUUCUUAAGAAAUGGGACAAAACAUCCAAGUCGAAAACCAAAGAACUGUACCUUUCCCGGGCCGUCGAAGUACAGCCUUUCUUCAAUGCGACCGUUAUCAGCGAGUUGUCGGAUCAGGCGACCACUAGUCUACAAGAACUUGGUGCUUGGUCGGAAGGCGAUCACGUUAGCUUUGACAGAAGUCCAGAUCACAUUGUCAGCAGUCAACACUUACUUGGAACGGACGAAGGCGAUGCGGAUACCCUGCUACUCGAAGCUGUCAUUUCUGGUAACCUCGAAUCUCUCAAAGAUCUCUUAUUACGAUUGAGGACUGCCGCCGAUCCGAAUGGCUCUAGAGACGUCGCAUUGCUAGAGAGGAUCACCAGAACCUUCCUGGCUGCUAUAAAUGAAGGUCCAGAACAAUCGCUGCAACUUUUGCUCGAUACUGGUCUUGUCGAUGUUCAAUCUGAAGAUGACAUAAAUGAGCGAAAUUGUCUUCACCAAGCUACGAUCUAUGGCAACUCUUUCGUUCUAGGAGUCGGUCUGUCGAAAGACGUGGCAGUAAGUAGGACUGAUGUCUAUGGCAGAGUUCCUCUUCAUUAUGCUUGUAUGCAUGGGCGUCUUGAUAUGGUAGAGGCGCUGUUAAAUGCCGAUCAAUCUACAAUUGAUCUUAUCGAUCACGACAACUUUACUCCACUGAUACAUGCCAUCAUACAUGGACAUCUCGAAUGUGCACAACGACUACUGGCACGAUCUGCUCGAAUCGAUCCGAUCUCUGAUGCAGACCAUGUACCGCUCAACUUGGCUUGUGAACACGGCUCCGUCGCUAUAGUUGAAUUACUACUGAAGCACGGCGCUGCAAUAUUGCCAGAUGCCGAAGGUCUCUUCCCUCAGCAUCUCGUUGCUCGGUCUGGGCAAACACCACAAUUGCUUCUUCUGCUGAAGGAUUAUGGUGCGAAUCUGGACCAGAUUGACAAGCUUUACUCUUGGACUCCACUAUUCCAUGCAGCAAGUGAGGGCAAUGUGCCUUGCAUGCAAACUCUUCUCGAAGUUGGUGUGAAGACCAAUAUUCUUGAUGAGAAAGAGCUUUCUGCUAUGUAUUACGCUGCCUGGGAAGGUCAUCUAGAAUGCAUGCGACUUCUAUCCUCCAUACCUAUGAGCAGUAGAAGCAGUCGCACAGGUUUUCAAUCGACGCAGAUUGCGCCAAUGACUGGAAGUAGUGCACCGAUGCCUAUGAGUCUCGACGCGGAUGCAAUUCCAGAACUCGAGCUCCCUCCUCCCAUUAUACCCUUACGACGUUACGGCCAUAAUUUCCUCGAUACGAAGACCUUCAUCCAAAUCAGCUUCGAAGAGAAUGGUGACCAGCCUAUGGUGUUCUUCCAUGAUAGCAAAUAUCCCGCCGCACGUCUUACCAUCUCUUCAAAGCUUUCCGAUUUAAUACCCAAGAACAUUUUGCUCCCGUUUCAGGAAGAUACCCGGCUUGUUUCUUUUCAGAUUGAUAAUCUAGAUUCUUUUGCCAUCGAUUUCGAUGUCUUUCCUACUUAUGGUGCUAAGGUUAUUGCGAAGACAGUCGCACUUCCUAGCACUUUCCGAGCAUUGAUGAGCAGCUCAGGACGCUGCUGCUUGCCACUUUUCGACCCGAGGUUGAGAGCCAUUGGCCAGAUCACGUUCAAUUUUCAAGUGAUUAAACCCUUCCAAGGAAAGCCUCUGGAGAUUACAGAUUUCGAGACGUACUGGAAGGCGACCAGCCAGUUCGAUCAUAGGCCCAGUGCCUUUAUUACUGGUUCCAGUUUGUCGGGAGAUUAUGUGCAACUCUUUGUGCAGCACACUUGUGAUGGCGUACCCGUCCUUUGGCCAAGAUGGACAAUGGAUUACAUGGACAUUGAGUUUCCAGUUAGCCGUCUGACAUAUGCGCAAUUCAUUAGCGCAGGCUCUCGUCAUGCCAGCAAGGCCGGAGACUUGAGAGAAUUACCGAAUCACUCAGCUGGCAAUAUUGCUGAAAUCCACCGUAUACUGGCAAGCUCAGCAGUGUCUCUUCAGGAUGCCCUCGCUCUACUCCCCAAAGGUAUGCACGUCAAUCUUCAAGUGUUAUAUCCAUCUUCAGAGGAAGAGAAGACGCUACGACUUGGGCCAACCGUGAAUAUCAAUGUCUUUGGAGAUGCGAUUCUUGGAGUUGUCUUCGAUCAUGCCAGAGCUUUACGAGAACGGUCACCGGAUUCUAUGAGAUCCAUUGUCUUCAGCUCUUACAAUCCGACUGUGUGUACAGCUUUGAAUUGGAAGCAGCCUAAUUAUCCGGUCUUCUUGUGUAAUGACCUCGGCCGCGAGGGAGAACUAGCCGUUUCUGCUUGUACGCAAAGCAGUGGAAGAAGAACAACUUCUAUCAAAGAGGCUGUGAGAAUAGCUCAGAACAACAACUUCAUGGGGUUGAUUUGUUGUUCAAGACUUCUGGAUAUGGUCCCAGCAUUAGUUGAAGCCAUCAAAGCGCAAGGAUUGGUAUUAGUUACAGAUAAGUCUGCAGAGCCAGCAUCAAAGGGACAAUAUGACGACCCGUUCCCUAGACUCCCAGCAGGAAUCGACGGUGUGCUGAAAGCGAAUGGUGUUCUACGAUUCAAUGAGAGCAUUGAUAUGUAAUGAGUCGGUCCAUAACCAAAAGUCAUGCAUAGCAUUUAGACCAUGCAGCACUUAACUUAUCUUUCUUCCACAACUUUCUUUCCUCGUGACCAACAUUCACCAUUCUACAUUCGCGUAGCUCAAUCUCAUCUCAACACAGAAAUUCCAACCCAAGCCAACCCCUAAGCACCCUUAAACCCAUACCUCAAACCCCCUAACUCCC